AUCUCACUUGUCUUCCCACACUCAAAAAAUGGAGUUUUCUUCAAACUGUCGCACUACGCGAUGUGAGAUUUGCUAUGAUGACUUUGAAAAGAUCCAGUUAACCCAAAUAUCCCAGCUGCCUUCGCAAGCCCAAGAAGGGUUUGACCGGAGUAGAUACGAGGAGGUGUACGAUGUGCUUGACCAAUAUUCCUCCUUUGCAUUGACUGAAGCGAGGUUAUAUGGCGACCGAGAUUACUAUUAUACGCUUUUGGUUUCUCUAUACGAGUCGGCCAAGAAUAAUAAGGAACUUUCAGUGUCCUUGUUCAACAAUGAGGAUUCUUUUGAAGACAUGAAAGAGUUAAUUCGUGAAACAUCAAGCAUGUCUGUAUCCCCGCCUUCAUCCUCGUCGUCUACACCAAAGUCUGCAUCCAUGUCUCCAUUAGCCUCUUUGUCGUCGUCUUCCUCAGCGUCUUCCUCAGCGUCUUCAUCAACGUCUUCAUCAACGAUACCAUCAACACCUUCAUUAUCAACGUCUACAUCUAAAGCGAUGUCCCAAACUACAUCUACAUCUACUACAUCUAGGUCCACAUCGAUGCCCAAGUCCAAGUUUAUGUCUUUGUUAAAGCCAACAUCUUCGCCUUUAACUUCAUCUACUUCAACGCCGAAGCCUACAACUACAACCACAGCUACAUCUACAUCUACGUCUACAUCUACAUCUACAACUACAGCUACAUCUACAGCUGCACUCAAUUCCAAAGCGAAACCGAAAUCUACUUCAUCCGUUUCCCCGCCCUCUGCGGCGAGUUAUCAUGAAAUUAGCAAGUUAGGACUUUCCCUUGAAUGCAAUCCCGACCAUGCGUUCUGCGGCAGUUGUCUUGAAAAAUACAUCGAAACACAAAUCAACAAUCAUGUUUGGCCUGUGCAAUGCCCUAUGGAUGACUGCCAAAUGAUGAUUUCAUUGGAUAUUGUGGGAAGUAUCCUGGGCCAAAGAAUAAACCGCUGGCAUAAUCUUGGGAUUGAAAACGCUAUCACGAAAAGGAUUUAUUGUCCGAAUAGUAAAUGCAAUAUUUUGAUUGAUGCGGGUGAUGCAGGGAGCGAGAAUAAUAGCAGCAAAUCUUGGCGAGUCAAUGUGAGAUGCCCUUAUUGCAGCUACGCGUUCUGUGCACUCUGUCUGAAGGAUGGUCAUGCAGGAUUGACUUGUGAACAAGCCAAAGGCGAUCAAUCGGACAGGUUAUUCGAAACACUUGCAGUCGAAAGACAUUGGAAGAGAUGUCCAGGUUGUGGGCAGAUGGUGGAGAAAAAUGGAGGGUGCAAUCAUAUGACAUGCCGUUGUACGAAGAACUUCAAUUAUGCAUGAAGCGUCUGCGACUCGGCGUGAAGAAUUAUCUUUUAAUCGUAAGCCGAGUUGUGCAAGUUUGACAGAGAAGGAGUAUAGUUUUUUUUAUACUUUAACGCGCU